AUGAAGUACUGUAUCCUGGGCAUUGCUGCCCUGGCCUUGCUUCAUUCUACGGACGGCCAUGUACAUAAAGAAGCACUAAAGAGACGUCAAGACCAUCAUCAACUAUCGAAGCGAGUCUUAUGGCAAGGACGAGCCGCACAACCGUGCCCGAAAGAAACCCUAACAAAUACUGUUGUUGUCCAACUCGACCAAGCAGGACACACGGUAGAUGUCCAAGUGCACUCCGCGAGACCAUCGUCGACGGUGACUGUAUCGGAUCACCAUGCACCACCUUCUAUCUCGUCAACAACGGCGAUAGUACCCUCCUCUGCUUCCCGCACAAUACUUCAAUCAAACCGGCACAUACUCCCUCGACCUUCAGCAUUGAGUCAUCUUCCUGACCUCCUGGAUUCAAACUUCAUCUUGGAUGCCCCGAAUGCUUUCCUGGGCCGCAGCAACUACGGAAUUUCAUACUCCCCCUACAAGGCCGACGGCACAUGCAAGGACCAAGCAGAAGUCAGUAACGAUAUCCGUCAACUUCGACAAUUCGCAUACGUGCGGUUUUACGGAAUAGAUUGCAAUCAAGCCCUGACAGUGACCAACGCCGCAAGGGAAAACGACAUGAUGGUCUUUGCGGGGUUAUACGACAUUGACGACAUUGAAACCGAUCUACAAAAGAUCAUUGAUGCGGCGGGUGGUGACUGGUCAACCUUCCAUACCGUCUCUAUUGGGAAUGAACUGGUCAACAGAGGCUCAAAAUCCCCCGUGGAGGUUGUCGGAACCGUGAACUCUGCGCGCACUAUACUUCGUCGAGCAGGGUAUCAGGGGCCGGUGGUAACGGUUGAUACCUUCACUCAGAUGAUUGCACACCCGGAACUGUGUGAUGAAUCUGAUUAUUGUGCUGCGAAUUGUCAUGCCUUCUUCGACUCUGCUCAGACACCUGAAAAUGCUGGUCCGUACGUCCUUGAGCAGGCCCGCCAUGUCGUUGAGGCCACGAAGGGAGGUAAUAAGAAAGUGAUAAUUACGGAAACAGGUUGGCCAUCUGCAGGAGAACCGAAUGGUAAAGCCGUGCCCUCAAGACACAAUCAGAUGAUUGCAUUCCAGAGUUUGAGACAUAGUUUCCCUGACGGCGGGAUCGUGUUCUUCAGUGCUUUUGAUGAUAAAUGGAAAGAGGAUAAUGCUUGGACGUUUGGGACGGAGACACAUUGGGGUCUUUAUGGGUUGGCUAAGACCGCUGGCGGAUUUCCGAGUUUGAUUGGUCCCUUGGAGGAUGAGGUGUAA